UUUUAAAUCCAAAUCUCUUAAAUUUAUACGUUACAUUCAUUUCCAACUCGUUUUCUGGGCUUUUUCCCUCAGCAUCGGAUCUGGGUUAGUGGGUUCUUGCUUUCUUUUCCAAGAGUUUGUUGUCAAGGCUUGUAUUCCCCGUUAAGUCGCAUUGUUGAAAGCUGUUCUUGUGUGAAUUUACAGCUGGAAAGUUGCCAUCUUUGCUUCUUCAUGUUAAAUUGUCAAAUUUUAUCUCUGUGUGAAGCAAUUUCUGUAUAGGGUUGAUUCUUGAGGUUGGGCUUUUUAGACUGAGAAUUGAGAUUGUGGAGCGUGCUUGCAUAGAUGAAAUGACUUCUAGGUUUAAAGAUUUAGAACUCGGCCAUGAAAAUGGAGUAACAGCUGUUGGACAACCGCUGCUCGAAGGUGAUCUUGUUGAGGGUUCGGAUAAUAGAGUGUCUUUGUCCGGUGAUGCUUCGAAUUCCGGUAGUGUUUAUCCGGAGAAUACGCCGUCGGUGAUGAGGGUGAAUGUGGAGGCAGAAGAGAGUAAAGAUGCCAAGAACAAAUCAGUGAAGGAGAAACGUAAAAGCUUGGGUCAUAAGAAACAUCCUAGACCUCCUAGGCCACCGAGAGCCCCGUCGUUGGAUGCGGCCGACCAGAAACUAAUUAGGGAGAUUGCGGAACUUGCGAGGUUGAAGCGUGCGAGAAUCGAACGGAUGAAAGCCUUGAAGAAAUCGAGAGCCGCUAAGCCGACACCUUCUAGCACUAGCAGCAACAUGUUUGCCAUGGUGUUCACCAUUGUUUUUUGUCUCGUCAUAAUGUUCCAAGGGAUGUGUUCCGGGGGCACACCAGCAAGCAACCAAGGAUCUCCAUUGCCAGCAGGGGCAGCACAGCCACAGGGUGUUCCAAGUUUACUUCAGUUCUCCAUGAAUCCAUCCGCGAACUUCCGAAAUCAACAGGAUUCCGAAUCUCCGAAUUUGGUGGAGCAGGUUGCAGGUUUAGAAGGUGAACAGAAGCUGGGAAGAUUUUCAGGAUAAAAGGUGCAAUGUUCUUUGGGUCAAAAUCAAUGGAGUUGAAUUACAAUGUACAUGUUUGGUCAUAUGUGAGUCCUCAAUAACUUCGCCUGCACACUGGCUGAUAUGAU